ACCUUUUAGAAAUAAGGUACAAACAACAUCCAACCCAACCUGUCCCUCUGGGCUAGAGUCCCAGACAGAAAUAAGGGAUACACCUGACCUGCAGUAAGGAAAGCAGAACCCAGUCUCUGGGGUGGUGAGGCCCACCCAGUGUGGAGCUCAAAGGUGCCACUGUUCUGCUCCUCUUUAUAAAGGGAGCUGCCAUGGUUCUCCCAGCACAGAGUUGGGAGUGACUCCAGAGCCUCCAGCAAGAUGCUACCGAUUCUGCUGUCGGUGGCCCUGCUGGCCCUGAGCUCAGCUCAGAGCUUAAAUGAAGAUGUCAGCCAGGAAGAAUCUCCCUCCGUAAUACCAGCUGCGUUACUGUAAAAAUUUGCGGCAACUAUUCAGUGAAUGCCCUGUGUCACCCACCUCGUCCAGGAAAGCCAGAAGGACCACCCCCACAAGGAGGCAACCAGUCCCAAGGUCCCCCACCUCGUCCAGGAAAGCCAGAAGGACAACCCCCACAAGGAGGAAACCAGUCCCAAGGUCCCCCACCUCGUCCAGGAAAGCCAGAAGGACAACCCCCACAAGGAGGAAACCAGUCCCAAGGUCCCCCACCUCGUCCAGGAAAGCCAGAAGGACAACCCCCACAAGGAGGAAACCAGUCCCAAGGUCCCCCACCUCGUCCAGGAAAGCCAGAAGGACAACCCCCACAAGGAGGAAACCAGUCCCAAGGUCCCCCACCUCGUCCAGGAAAGUCAGAAGGACAACCCCCACAAGGAGGAAACCAGUCCCAAGGUUCCCCACCUCGUCCAGGAAAGCCAGAAGGACCACCCCCACAAGGAGGAAACCAGUCCCAAGGUACCCCACCUCGUCCAGGAAAGCCAGAAGGACAACCCCCACAAGGAGGAAACCAGUCCCAAGGUCCCCCACCUCGUCCAGGAAAGCCAGAAGGACCACCUUCACAAGGAGGCAACAAACCUCAAGGUCCCCCACCUCAUCCAGGAAAGCCACAAGGACCACCCCCACAAGAAGGUAACAAACCUCAACGUCCCCCUCCUCCAGGAAGGCCACAAGGACCACCCCCACCAGGAGGCAAUCCCCAGCAGCCUCUGCCACCUCCCGCUGGAAAGCCCCAGGGACCACCUCCACCUCCUCAAGGGGGCAGACCACACAGACCUCCCCAGGGACAGCCUCCCCAGUAAUCAAGGUUCAAUGACAGGUAUGAUUCCAGUUUAUUCUUCACCAAGUGCUCUAAGUGUUACAGUUCUCCGACUUUAUUGUGCCAAUGAAUCAACUAAAAACCCAUUGACAUUGUAUUGCCCUAGAACCCAUUUCUAAAGAUUUGUAUUCAGAUACUCUGGAAUAGGGCAAGAAGACCCUGUAUUUCUAACAAACUCUUUAAGGAACUCUGAUGUUGAGAAACAACAUACCAUACAAUCUGUCUUAAAUUGUGUUGGCAAUGAGGAAGUAGUACCAUGUCCAUUCUUGGUGCUCUGCUUUCUGUCCACAAACUCAGAGAUAUUGCAUUUAAAUUUUUCACCUGAGCACUGUUGCUCAUUCCUGCCUCACGCCAGCCUCUCGAGUCCAGUAUUCCUGCCAAAUGGUCCCUGAUCUUUCAGCAGCUAAAUGGCGUGUCACUUUUUAGAUACUUAACUUUUCAAUACAUACAUGAUUAAGCUAACAAAAGAUAUCUAAUGGAAUGGAAAAAUAUGAAGCUAAUUUUAAAGGCACAGCUCAUCCUACCCACCUUCCUUCCUUCAAAAAGCUACCACUGUUGACUUUAUGGGAUCUUCUCUUUGAAAUAUUUAUGUGUGCAUAGACAUACAGCAUUCUUUUACCCUACCACUAAUACCAUAACUUAUAUGCAGGUAUAUAUGGUAGUCACUUAAAAAUACACUUCUUGAAAAUUUCCACAUCAGUUUAUGAAGCUAAAUACAUCUCUUCAGUGGUUUUCUGUUUGCUUUUACAAUUUUAUGCUACUCCAUUGUGUGGCUGCACCAUGAUUUCUUUAAUCAAUCCCUGUCACUGGACACUGAGGGUGGUUUCAUUUUAUCACUAUUAUAAAAUAGGUUCUGAUUAUCAUAUGUGUAAAUAUAUCCCUGAACAAAUUCAACAGCAAUGAGUCAUAACAACCUAAGGAUGAUCUUUUCUCUUCAUCUUCUAAGCAACAAUUUGGAGCACAUUGUGUGCAAGGGCAUCAAAAGAGUGAACACAGAAAAAAUUAGGAAAGAAUCACAGGAGGUUGAAGGGAUUGGGGAGAGAGGAUGGGCUCUCAUGUACUCUACUGCUGUAACACCGGUGAGGAAUUCGACAUUUCCUGCCAUGUCAAGUCUGCUCUAUGAACUUCCUUGUUUGUUUGUUUCAGGAAGUGAAUAAGAAGAUGACAGUGAUUCAAAUGAUUCAAAUGCCAUGACAUUGUAAGAAGGUGGUCAUAGCUCUACCUUUAACAUACCAAUAAAAUAAACAGCUUACAAUU